AUGAUUCCCAUUUUCUCAGACACUAUGGAACUAUUGAAAGACUCAUUUUCAGAGUUGACAACGGUAGUUCAUGUGGCACCUAAUCGGCAUGUGGAAGAAUAUGUCAGCAAAGCUGUUCGUGAGUGGCCUGUAUCUGUAGUAUUGAUUCCUGGAGGAUCUCCACAGCUGAAGUAUGAUGCAUAUAGUGCUAGCAAUGUAGCGUUUUGUGCAUCUGGCACAACAGCUAUUGAGUUGCAGCUUGCACAGUUACCUUGUGUUGUUGCCUAUCGGGCCAAUCUCCUGACCGAAUGGUUUAUAAGGCGCAAA